AUGCUCCAGACAAGUCUGUUGUCAACAGGUCACGCAGACCUCGUCACCCAUGUCGUCUACGACUUCUACGGCGUGCGACUGGCCACUUGUUCGGCCGACCACAAGAUCAAGCUGUUCAAGAAGCAGACUGACGGAAUCUGGGAGCCGGAGACCGAGUGGAAGGCUCACGAUGCUCCUGUCCUGCACCUCUCCUUUGCGCACCCCGUCCACGGCUCUCUCCUCGCCUCGUGUUCGCACGACCGCACCGUGAGGAUAUGGGAGGAGCUUCCCACCUCUGCCAACCCCGCCCCCGGCGCUGCCCGCUGGGCCGAGCGCGGCACUCUGACUGGCGCAAAGGGCUCCGUCCGCGCCGUCGAGUUCUCGCCCCCCAACCCCGCGUACGGCCUCCGCGUCGCAUCCAUCGCGACUGAUAGCCAUCUCCGCGUCCACACGUCGCUGGACCCAGACCUGAGUGACUGGUCGCUCGCCCACGACGUCCACAUCCCUUCCCUCGCUGCGCCUGGCGGCCACGAGGACCUCUCGUCCGCGGCGACGCUCACACUCAUGGAGGGCCCUGCGACCCCGGCCGAGGCUGCGACUGGCGGCUGGGGCCUGAGCUGGUGCAAGGAGAAGUGGUGGGGCAGCGUUGUUUCCGUGUUUGCCGGCAACUCGUCCACGGCCAAGGUUGUCUCCCUCGACCCCACGCCAACUUGCCUCGUCACCCUGCGUACCGCCUCGGCUUCCCCGCUGACCUGCAUUGCCUGGGCUCCUAGCUGCGGCAGGUCAUACCACCUGAUCGCGACGGGCUCGAGGGAAGGUGCUGUGCGUAUUUGGCGCGUCGAGCCGCCUUCCGAGGACGAGGGCACCAAAACCUGGACAUCCGAGGAGCUUUGCUCGUUCGCCAAGGGCGUGCGCGUCGGCAUGGUCGAGUGGAACGCGACCGGCACGACCUUGUCUGCGUCCACCGACGAGGGUGUUGUUUCCAUCUACAAGCCCACAUACGCCAAGAACUGGAAGCUGUUGGGCCAGAUGUCUGCCGAGGAGCCACCAGCCGACGAGGCAUAG